AAACCUUUUAUGGGCCCUACUCAUCUGGGAUAUCAGCAUCUGCAUUAUAGCUCUCAUCUAUUCUUAGGUGGUAUCAGAGCACGACUGAGCAGUGCCCUGUUGCUGCCUUUGAAAGCGGUACAACAUGGCUUACAGUGUGAAUCUGAAUGGACCUGGACCAUGGGGCUUCCGACUGCAAGGGGGCAAGGACUUCAACAUGCCCUUGACCAUCUCCAGAAUCACCCCUGGCAGCAAGGCAGCACAGUCACAGAUGAACCAGGGGGACCUUGUCGUGGCCAUUGAUGGAGUCAACACUGACAGCAUGACCCACCUGGAGGCCCAGAACAAGAUCAAAUCAGCCAGCCACAACCUGAGCCUCACUCUGCAGAAAUCUAAACGUCCAGUGCCAGUUUCAACCACAGCUCCCAGAAUUGACUCUCCUAGGGCUGUAAUUCCCCAUCAGAAGGAACCUGCUUGGGAAAUCAAUGGCAACAGAACAACCUUCAGCCCUCUAACUAACACGGCGACUGGGCCUAUGAGUAGUGUUUUAGCAACCAAUGGAACAUUUUCAGGCUACCUCAACCAGCAAGAGAUCAGCCUUUCAGAUAGCUCUUCCUACCUAAAGACUACCACAGUUAGAUCUUCCAUGUCCUCUCAGUCUGUGACUUCUGACAUUUCACCUGCCAAGAGCACUUUAGGUUCCAAAGCAAGCCCUGCUUCGGCUGGUGGCAGUAGCCCUGCACACCAGCUGAGCCCUGCAAGGCAGUAUAACAACCCCAUUGGCCUUUACUCGGCAGAGACCCUGAGGGAAAUGGCUGAGAUGCAUAAAUUGAGUCUCAACCGAAGGGCUUCAGAAGGUGGACUUCCUAGAGGUACCCUCCCUUUAAAGGAUCCUCAUGUAGACAGUGCCUCUCCGGUGUAUCAGGCUGUGCUUAAAACUCAGAACAAGCCUGAGGAUGAGAGCGAGGACUGGAGCCGUCGCUCUGCCAACCUGCAGUCCAAGUCCUUCCGCAUCCUUGCCCAGAUGACUGGAACUGAGUACAUGCAAGAUCCAGAUGAAGAAGCCCUGAGGAGGUCAAGAGACAAGGAAAACAUUGCAGCAGCAUCAGAAAACAGUACCCCUGUUGAGCAUGCCCCGGUGGCUCCCAGUUCUGCUGCUCCUGCACCACAUGCUUCAGCACCUCAGCCUGCUACUGCUGCUCCAAACACAGCCAGCCCGAUGACAGCACCAGCCACCACCUCAGUAGUGCAAGAGUCUUUCUCAUCCUCUUUCCAAAGAGUUCUUGCAGCCCCCAGCUCUCUCUCCCAGCCUAAGCCUUUCCAUGGGCCCACGAACAUGUCAUUAGCAGCUUCCACUAUUUCAUCUGCUAUCUCAUCUCAGUCUAGUUUCAACCGGCAUUCUUCCACCUCCAUCAGCUACCAGUCAAAGCAGAGAAACACAACCCAGUCAUAUACACCAAUGCCAGUCUCUGGAAGCUACAGUGAAAGUCCUGCUCCUUCUGCUGCUUCAAAAAUGAGAGUUGUUACUACUGCCAGCAUAAAGCCCUCUGUCUACCAGCCAGUGCCAGCACCAGUUCAUUCCUACACCCCUGCCAACACGGAGCCUGCGAGUCGCCCUCCCUGGGUAACAGACGACUCCUUUUCCCAGAAAUUUGCACCUGGAAAAUCCACCACCACUGUCACAAAGCACAUCCUACCAAGGGGUGUUCCAGUGCCAUCUCCUGCCACAAUUUCUGCUUACCCGUCUCCAGUUUCAACUUCUUCCCAUCCCCCUGCAUUAGCCCGGGGAACAGUUCAGAGGGCGGAGCGUUUCCCAGCCAGCAGCCGAACUCCUCUCUGUGGGCACUGUAACAGCAUCAUUCGAGGUCCUUUCCUGGUAGCCAUGGGUCGCUCUUGGCACCCAGAAGAAUUCAAUUGUGCUUACUGCAAGACAUCCUUGGCUGACAUGUGCUUUGUGGAGGAGCAGAACAGUGUGUACUGUGAGCGCUGCUAUGAACAGUUCUUUGCACCAACCUGUGCCAGAUGCCACACUAAGAUUAUGGGGGAAGUGAUGCAUGCCCUAAGACAGACUUGGCACACAAGUUGCUUUGUCUGUGCUGCUUGUAAGAAACCAUUUGGGAAUAGCCUGUUCCACAUGGAGGAUGGGGAGCCUUACUGUGAGAAAGAUUAUAUUGCUUUGUUCAGCACAAAAUGUCAUGGCUGUGAUUAUCCUGUUGAAGCUGGAGAUAAAUUCAUUGAAGCUCUUGGACACACUUGGCAUGACACCUGUUUCAUUUGUGCUGUCUGCCAUGUGAAUUUGGAAGGUCAGCCAUUCUACUCCAAGAAGGACAAGCCACUGUGCAAGAAGCAUGCCCAUGCCAUCAAUGUUUAAAAGAAGAGUUGGUAGUCAGUAAUGCUGGGGUAAAACAGAUGACUAACUGGGCAAUCAUAAAGUUGAUAACCAUGGCUAGCAUUUCUCUCGGUAAAAGCUAGAAGUUGGUACUUCUCGAGUUUAACUUUAUCCUCUUUCAUAAAUGCAGAAUGUGCUUUUUGCAAAGUUCAUACAAAAACCUAUUGAAUUAACAGUCAAAAUCAAAUGAACUAAUGAACUAAUCCAUUAUUAGAGCAACAGAUGGCAGAAAUAUUGAAAUUAACUAAAUACCUUAAUAUAAAAAGUAAUGUGCAAAUAUAGUUUUAAGCUAACUACCCACAGCAGUUUUACUGCUUAGACCACACACUGGUGUUUAAAAACAACUGGGAAAAUACUUCUGUAUUAAGUCAUUUUUCUUUCACAGCAAUAAUGAGUAAGUGCCAUAUAUACAGUCAUCUGUAGAACCAAAGGCCAUAGCUUUCAAAGGGAAAUAAAAUAGAUUAGGGCUUCCUCUAGGAAAAGUGAAUGCUAUUCCAUUAUGUUGUGGUGCUGCCUCAUAGCACCAGAUAUUUUAGAUUCUUUCCAAAUAACAAGUCUUCCUUGGAUCCAUAUGUAGCUGGGAAGCCUAGGUGACAAUCCAUAACAGUUUGAAAAUAAAAUGGUUGGGUCAGCCUUGCUAGUGCACUUGGCUUCUAUGUGCACAGUAGAUAAUUCACUCUCAAAUCAUAAUGGAAAAGGACAACUGGCUUUCUCUGAAUUGCUCUUAUAUUGAAUGGAAUAGAGCUGGCUGGAAAGGCCAACUUUUAAUUCAAAACCAGUUUUCCUUUCCUCCUGCAGAAAAGGAGAUUCAAUCUUGCUUUGGUUUCUAAUUCCCACUGAUAUCAGAGGGAGGUAGGAACCUAUGUCUGGACCUUCACACCGGUGAAGGUCAGAAGAUACACAUCCAUCUAGCACAGCUAGGUUGUGGGAAAUAGCUUGCAAAAGUUCCCUACUCUAUCCCACAUAAUUAGGAAAAAGGCUUUCUUUUUCCUAAAGUGAAUGAAUGUUGAUCAAAAAUUCUCAAGGCAGCAGGCACAUAUUCUAUUCCUUUCCUUAAUUUAAAUGCAACACAUCAUGAAUUGUAGCAGUAUUUGCCAUUGGAAAGCAGUAGCUAUGUUCUAACAUGAGGAUAACCAUACAGUCAUCUUCUCUAAUAACCAUACAGGCAUCUAUCCUAAUAGUUUGAGAAUAACUUUCAAGUUAGUCAAACAGUUCUUUAUAAAACUCUUUCUUUCAAAUGAGCAAUACCUGUAGUACUGAUAAUACUUUUGAAUUUUUGAAUAUCAAUGACUUUUAUAUUGGAGACAGCAGUUCUGUCUGAUGGAGUUAAGAUGGAAAGUCUGAUCACCAUUCAAGCUUUAUUAACUCAUUUAAGUGACAAUUAUGAUGUGUGUGUUGACAGCUUGCAGUACUGACAGUUUUGAAUUAGUACUUCUGAGGCUGAGGAUGCUUUCUGUGGGCCACAUGCUGGUGCCAUCUGCACCUAUUUUACCUUGUGUUCUGAGUAGCAAAAAAUUACAUAACAUUGUCUGUUUUGUCCCUCCCAUGGGUAAUGCCCAUUUCAUUUGUGCGUCUUUUAAGGGAUGAAAAACUAUCCAAAGCUUGGGGGAGGAUUAAAUGAAAUUUGGAGUUCUAAUAUAAGAGUUAAGUUAGCUGCAGGCAGUCUGCAUCUUGGACAAAAAUAACAGCGUGAACUGCCUGUGGCAGUUUUGACAUGUAUGACUUGUAUUUAUUCAGUAGGUAUCUUAGUUUUCACUGAUCUUAGCAGUGAUCUGAUCUCCAUUGCUACAGGGUCAGAUUUUUGUAUGCAUGAAUUAUUCUAAAACACUAGUACAUUAUACACAAAGCCUUUUUUUUCCUUUCUUUUUUUUUCCAUUUUCUUUUUUUCUAUAAGUAAGCAAAUUUUCUGUUUUCAGUUGGUGCUGGGCUGGUGUGAAUACGGUCCCACAGAUUAUAAAAUCCAAAAAUCUGGCUCAUAAUAUUCUCCAGAGGAAUAAACCAUAAUUAUGGAAGUUAAAUAUUUUUCCACUACUAUUUGACUUCAUUAAAUACAUAUUCACACAAGUGAGAAAAUUCUACAUUUCCUUUGCAUUUUUCAGUGCCAUUCGACAAAAUGCUGUUUAUUAUUAAUUGUUCUUUGAGAGAAUUCACAUCAGCAUACUCUCUCCUGAGAAUGCAUCGAAGAUAUUCUUUAGGCAGAUUUGUGUCAGUGUUGGCCACUGACAGGGACUAAUCUCUGACUGCAACAUCAGAACAGGGAGUCAGGCUCCAUGGGAAGGGCUUGUGAUGAUGCCUCAGGAGAAUUUCACGGGGUCUUUUCCCUCUGAUCUGCAUGUGUUUAUAUGUGUGCGUCUCAUUCUGCCCUCCACCUUCCCUCCCCGUGUCCCUGUAAGACUCCUCUCCGUGGCAGCACGAAGGAUAAAUCAUUUUAGGAUCUGCCCAGGGAUGUCGGGCUGCAGCUUAGGGAGGAGUACAGUCUGGAAAGGCGCUGGCAGGCAGCACGGCUGGGGCUGAGCUUCCUCCAGGUCCCUGGGUAGGGCAGAAGUGACGGCUGAGGCGGUCCGGGCCAGCCCGGAGUUCCCGGCGUGGGGCGGGGUGUGGGAAUCGGGGCCUGCCCGGAGGGGAGGGGAGGAGAGGCUGCCAUCUCACCGGGGAGAGAACCUGAGACAGCCGGAAUGCAGGGGCUCUGCGGGCCUCCCUGAGUGGGGAAAGAUGAGGCACUGAGGACACGGGAAGCCCGUCCUGAGGCUGGGCUUGGAGGGGAGGAGCAGCCAAGUCAGGCCGGUUUCACCAAGCCGGCAUGUCAGAGUAGGGGUGGGGUGGGGGGCAGCCAGGAUGACUCACCACAGUCAGGGAGAGGGCUCCAAGUAAGAAAUAAGGGUAGAAGUAGCUCCCGAUAGCCCAGAGAGGUGGUUUGAAUACGUACAGAGGGGUGAGCAAGGAUACAAUCUGGUAAAUCUGAAGCCUGGACUGCAGGAAAGGGAAUGCAGGGUAUGUAAGCAGGGCUGAGCUGGCUUGCAGGGGGGCAGCAGCGCAGACCUCAGUGGGAGCCGUGCUGACUUGAGAGAGUCCUGGAGAUUUCCCUGGGCAGAGAAGCUGCGCUGCAUGCCUGCCUCCAGCUGGUGCCUGAGCGAGUGAGAUUAAAGCGAGUUUACAUAGCAUUAUAUGAGCUACUGUGAUAUCUCUGCAUGAAGAACAGAUAGCCUGAGGAUUAUCAUGUAAUAAAAUCUUCCUGUUAUGACUUGUGCUGCUUCAUAAUGUGGUCCAAAAACAGAGAAUCCACGUACCCGCCCUUGAUAUCUAUAUUUAGAUAUAAUUUUUGCACAUAUCUGAACCAGAAAUUUGUGAAUAAUAAUGUAGCAUUUUAACUUUCACAGGGGUAGAAUACCACGUAACUGCUGAUACUCUUCUGCUAUGUCACUUUUGUGAUAGGGAGAAGGUAAAAUGCAUAUAUAUAUAUAUAUAUAUAUAUAUAUAUAUAUAAUAAUAUAUGUAUCUCUAAAUUCAGAAAAUGGCCUUUUAACUAUCACUGAAAAUAAUGUGCAAAAAUAUUCAAGAUGAAUAAUGUGUACUUGAUUAUGUUUUAUGUAUUGUAAGAAAUGCCUGGGAUAAGUCCUAAGUUCUUUUGAAUAUUUCUUUUAAUUCUAAUUAAUGUGAGGUUUUACCCAAUAAAUCAAAGAUACUGUACCUCUGAAUGAUCAAUUAAAAAGAUCAGUCUUUUGUCUAACUAAAAAGUGUUCAAUAACUUUUCAGUCAAAGGAUUCAAAAGCUUUUUUAAUUCUUUUCUCUCUUUUGGGGUUCUUUUUUGCAGAACAGGGCAAAUUAAAUGUUUCCAAAGAGGGCUACUUUUAUUAUCUGGACAAAAUAAAACAGUCUUAGGGCUUUUUUUCAUUAGUUUUUACUAUAUUAGAUUCACACAUAACACAAUUCUAAAAUCAAUUCAAAAACAAGGAAAAAUAUUUUCCAUUGGUCCUUCAGUGGUCAGUACUUUGGGUGAAAUGUUUUGCUGAAGAUUACUUGUAUUUAUGUUUAAUAAUGUGAAUGUCCACAGCACUGAACACACUCAUUAGUGUCUAAUGCUGGGCACACUAAUGUUUGUUUGCAAUAUUUGUCUCCUGGUAGUGGAUAUUAAUUUGUUUAGUAUUUAUAAACAUCAAAAUUUGAAACUGAGUGAUUUAUUGCCUGCAGUGAUCAUAUAUUAGAAGUCUAGGUUCUAUAGUAUUUUGACAUGUUGACUUGAUGCCACAAGUGCCCUUGCUUUUAGAUAGAUAUUUUUUCCUAAGUUGCUAGUUAUUUCAGAACAGAAUGUCUGGUGGUUUAUGAGAUGUGAGUAAUUACGUUGCAUGGAUUAUCUGUGCCAACAUGAAUAAAACAGUCUAGUAAUAAAAGCAAUGUGCAAAUUCAGUUUAAACUUUAUGAUUUGGGUAUAUUUAUUAAUAUGCCAUGUGAACAGCUGACAGCUUUUAGCCAUGUAAUAUCAGUAAGAAAGCAUACACAAGCUUGUACUCUCUACUUCAGACCUGAAAAUAAAAAUUAAAAGCAUUGGUUUCAA